ACUACAGCAGGAAGAGCGUCCCUGCGGUGGCUCGGCCUUCUCCUCUCUGAGAAGAGGAAGCCCCGGACCUCGGGAGCAGGAAGUGGAAGGCCAAACACCCAUAUGGGUGCUCCAAUCCACUGCACCCACGUGGAAGACACGGAGGAAGCUCCUCAUUCCUGGCUUCGGAUCGGCAUAGCUCCAGCUGUUGCGGUCAUCUGGGGCGUGAACCAGCGGAUGGAAGACCUCUCUGUCCAGAAACUGCUCAGGUGUGGGUGUAGGUGGUUGAGCAACAGGCAGUCCUGCCUUCUUGAUUCCCCAUAAAGAUACAGUUCUCUGCAGUGCAUCUGAGAAGCAGCAGACAACCCAAUUUCUUGAGUCCCUGCCACCAUGAGGGAGACUUGGAUGGAGUUCCAGAUCCGAGCUUUGAUCUGACCCAGUCCCAGCCAUUGUGACCAUUUGGCUUUAAGGUGAUUGAUGAGGACAGAGUCCCUAAGCUGCGAAGAGACUGAAUUUUGGAAACUACGUCCAGAACUCCACAGUGUGUAUUUAAGUGCUCUUCCCUCAGGCCUGCAGGUGGACAGCAAGAGCAACAGUGAUGAUAGCAUUUGAAGACCUGGCUGUGUUCUUUACCUGGGAGGAAUGGCAGAACAUGAACCAAGCUCAGAAAAUCCUGUACAGGGAUGUGAUGCUGGAGACCUACAGCAGCCUGUUCUCCCUGGGGUACUGCAUGACCAAACCUGACUUGAUCUUCAAGUUGGAGCAAGGAGCAGAGCCCUGGAUGGGGGAAGAAUGCCUACAUCAGAGCCUUCCAGUUGCCAUGAAACUGGAUGAACUGAUUAAGACCAACCAGAAAAGUCUGGAGAAAAAUCUGAAUCAGAAUGUUAUGAAAAAUAAUAACACAUUAACUCCCAAGAGAGUUGAAUUCAGAAAAACACUUAAUUUAAGUAUAAGCCAUAUUCCAAAACUGAAUAUCAAAAAGAGAAACUAUUCAGGAAUAAAACCUGAAGAAUGUAGUAUAUGUCAGAAUGUGUAUCCCCAUUGUGGGCCUGAUCAGCUACAAGCUGGAGAGAAAUUUGAUGCUACUACGGUACCUGGGAACACUCUCCAGUUCUGUGAGCCUCUUAAUGAACAGCACAAAAUUCAGACCAUGGAGCAGGCACUUGAACAAAUUGGACAAGGGAAAGUCUUCAAAAGGAAGAAUAUAUUCUAUGAAUCUGAGAAGCUUUUUAUGGUAGAAACCUGUAAUAAGCCAACUGCCAUUAUUGGCAAGACAACUCAAAUACUACAAGAUUUCCAUAAAAAGUCUAACCUCAGUAUACAUCAACAAAGUCCCAAAAGAGAGAACGUUUAUAAAUAUAUUGGGCCUGUGGAACCUGUCAUUUACCAAUCAUAUGUUAGAAUGAAUCAUAGACCAAAUAUAGAGAAGAAAUCGUAUGCAUGUAAAACUUGUGGGAAGUCAUUCAGUAAUAAAUUCUGCCAUCCCCUCCAUCACAGCACUCAUAUAGUGGAAAACCCUCAUGUGUGUAAUGAUUGUAGAGAAACCACUCACCAGAAGUCAGGUGUCAUUAGACAUCAGAGAAUUCACACAGGGUUGAAAUCUUAUAAAUGUAAUGACUGUGGGAAGUUCUUUGGCCAGAAGAAACACCUCAUAAAUCAUCAGAGAAUUCACACAGGGGAGAAACCUUAUGAAUGCAAUGACUGUGGAAAAGCCUUUGGCCAGAAGUCACAACUCAAAAUUCAUCAGAGAAGUCACACAGGGGAGAAGCCUUAUGAAUGCAAUGACUGUGGAAAAGCCUUUGGCCAGGAGUCACACCUCAUAAAUCAUCAGAGAAUUCACACAGGGGAUAAGCCUUAUGAGUGCAAUGACUGUGGAAAAGCCUUUGGCCAGAAGUCACAACUCAAAACUCAUCAGAGAAGUCACACAGGGGAGAAGCCUUAUGAAUGCAAUGACUGUGGAAAAGCCUUUGGCCGGAAGUCAAUCCUCAUAAAUCAUCAGAGAAGUCACACAGGGGAGAGGCCUUAUGAGUGCAAUGACUGUGGAAAAGCCUUUGGCCAGUUGUCACACCUCAGAAAGCAUCAGAGAAGUCACACAGGGGAGAGGCCUUAUGAGUGCAAUGACUGUGGAAAAGCCUUUGGCCGGAAGUCACACCUCAGAAAGCAUCAGAGAAGUCACACAGGGGAGAAACCUUAUGAAUGCAGUGACUGUGGGAAAACCUUUGGCCAGAAGUCAAACCUCAGAAUGCAUCAGAGAAUUCACACAGGGGAGAAACCUUAUGAAUGCAAUGACUGUGGAAAUGCCUUUAGCCAGAAAUCAGCACUCACAAAGCAUCAGAGAAUUCACACAGGGGAGAAACCUUAUGAAUGCAGUGACUGUGGGAAAAUCUUUGGCCAGAAGUCAAACCUCAAAACGCAUCAGAGAAUUCACACAGGGGAGAAACCUUAUGAAUGCAGUGACUGUGGGAAAACCUUUGGCCAGAAGUCAUACCUCAUAAAUCAUCAGAGAAUUCACACAGGGGAGAAACCUUAUGAAUGCAAUGACUGUGGAAAAACCUUUGGCCAGAAGCCACACCUCAAAAUGCAUCAGAGAAUUCACACACGGGAUAAGCCUUAUGAAUGCAAUGACUGUGGAAAAACCUUUGGCCAGAAGUCACAACUCAAAAUGCAUCAGAGAAGUCACACCAUGGAGAAAGCUUAUAAAUGAAAUGACUGUGGAAAAGCCUUUGGUCCCAUCCUUGCAUACCAAGGAUAAAUCCCACUUGGUCUGGGUGGAUGAUCUUUCUGAUGCAUUGUUAGAUUCAGUUGGCCAGAAUUUUGUUGCGGAUCUUUGCAUGUAUGUUCACCAGGGAAAUUGGUCUAUAAUUACUUUCUCUGUUGUAGUUUUUUCAGGUUUAGGAAUGAAGGUGAUGCUGGCUUCAUAGAAAGAAUUUGGGAGAAUCACCUCUCUCUCAAUUGUUUUGAAUAACUUGAGAAGAAUUGCAGUUAGUUCUUUUUUUUUUUUAACUUUUAUUUAAUGAAUAUAAAUUUCCAGUGUACAGCUUAUGGAUUACAAUGGCUUCCCCCCCCCAUAACUUCCCUCCCACCCGCAACCCUCCCCUCUCCCACUCCCUCUCCCCCUCCAUUUGCAUCAAGAUUCAUUUUCAAUUCUCUUUAUAUACAGAAUAUCAAUUCAGUAUAAAGAUUUCAACAGUUUGCACCCACAUAGAAACACAAAGUGAAACAUACUGUUUGAGUACUAGUUAUAGCAUUAAAUCACAAUGUACAGCACAUUAAGGACAGAGAUCCCACAUGAGGAGCAAGUGCACAGUGGCUCCUGUU